AGGCAGUUUUGGAAAUAGAGCAAGAUGGGGGACUGCAGAUAAGACACAUCCUGCUCUGGAUCUACCCCCUUCCUCUUACUGGUCACUCUACUGUCUACCACACAGAAGGGAGUAGCCAAAGGCAACCUUUAGGUGCAAGGCUCUUCCAGAGGAGUGAGACCACCAUGGCUCAGGAGAGGUUCUUCAUCCUGUUCCCACUACUGGUCCUGGUGCUGCUGGUGUUGGGCUGUGUCCAGCCAUCUCUGGCCAAGGAAUCGAGGGCUGAGAAGUUCCUGCGGCAGCACAUGGACUCGAACACCUCCACCAUCAAUGCCAGCUACUGCAACCAAAUGAUGAAGCGCCGGAAUAUGACGGUUGGACGGUGCAAGCCAGUGAACACGUUUAUCCACGAGCCUCUGCCAGAUGUCCAGGUAAUCUGCUUCCAGGGAAAUGUAACCUGCAAGAACGGGAAGCCCAACUGCCACCAAAGCAGCUCCAAAAUGCGCAUCACCGACUGCCGCCUGAAGAAAGGCUCCAAAUACCCCAAAUGCGACUACCAGACCCAGCAGCUACAGAAAUCCAUCAUCGUAGCCUGUGAGUGUGUACAAUAUGAGACAGUCCACUUUGACGGUUCUGUGUAGGUCUGCACCUGAGGCCAGAGUAGCAAGAUGCCCCACCUCCCUGUUGUGGCAACUGUUUCUCCCCUCUCCCUUCCUGGCUCUGAGAGAAAGAACUCCAGUCAGGGCUCCUGUCCCAAACAUAAAUGUGUUCCUACCCAGGACUUGCACCUGUGUGGUUUGGGGAGUGAGGGGGUCCCUGUGUAAACCACUUCCCGGAUUCUUUCAGUAAAACACAGUUGCAACCACCUGGAUUUCUGAAACUGUCGCCAUCCUAGUACUGUGGUGUGAUUGCGUUCCUGCUCGGGUGAGAACUGUAAAUCUGGGUAGAUUUCGUAAGCGUGGAAUAGAAUCAUUACGUGCCUUUGCUCCUGACUCUUGGUUCUCAGUGACCUGAGAUCAUUCCUUUGCUCAGAGAUGCCUUGCUGUCAAAGAAGAAGCUGUUAAGUAUCGGCUAUUUGAGAUGAAAGGGAGCUACAGUCUGGGACAGUCCUGCUGGGACUGGAGGGCGAGCUCAUAUACCAAACUCUCUGGCACGGAAGGAAGGACAGGGUGACCUCAAGAAAACCCUGCUCAGACCCUGGCUGGGAGGACAUGGGGAUGAAAUUAUGAUCCUAAAUUUUCCUUUUCUUUUUAUUGAGUGAGCUAUUACCAGAUCACAAAAAUGGCCAUCUCUUAGUUGGAAAGUCAGAAUGUUCCAUUUAGGAGCUAGAAGGGUCUAUAAGGAUUAUUAAAUUAAAUGAGAAUAAGUAGA